UUCCCCUUCCUCUUUCUUUUCAUACGCCCUGCCUCUGAAUAAUGAUAAUAACGACCAAGAUGGCUACUUCAAAAUCGUCUCUGUUGUAGCUAAACACCAGUUCCAUGGAAAUACUCCAAAUUGCGAUUUCUUUAUGUUUAAGACCCUCGUAGGCGGCGGGGCAGAGCCACGGAUAAUACUACAUGGAUUACAGCGAGUUGAGAGGGGAAUAAAGUCGCUGUGUUGCCCCGGAGCACUCAUUCCGAAUAAGCUAACUAGCUAGCAGCGCUCGUCGAGACUCCCCGGUUGAGCUCUCCCAGCAGCUGCCGCUCUCCCCCCCUCCCCUCUUCCCCGGUUGGCGUGCCCGCUCGCCGGAGCGCAGAGCGCCAAAUGGCAGAGCCGAGGAAAGUGCCGUUCGUUACCAUCYCCYCCUUCAGCGCKCCGCCGCCGCCGCMGCAGCAGCAGCAGCMGCAGACCCCUGAGUCCAACAAGAAGCGCCGCCGCGAGGACGAGGCCGCCGACAUCACUUUGGGGAAAGAUGGAGGUGGAGGUGCAGCUGCGGUCGGGUCGGGAGGUUCCGGAGGAGCUCCGUUCGGCAACGCCAAGGGAGGAAGCGACACCGACGGCGGGGAGACGAAGCCCACCGUCCGCCUCAGCCUGACGCUGAGCGAGCCGAACGAGAAGGGCUCCUCCGAGUUCAACUACGGCGAGCUGGUCCAGUCAACUCCUUCUCAGGUAAAGCCGGCAGGUCCCACUGUCCCUAAAGGCCUCGCCCCUCCGCUGGAUCCCAGCGACCCGUUUGCUGAUGACGAGAAGGAGAGGAGGGAGGUGGAGGAGCUGGCCAGGAAGUUUGAGAGCAAAUAUGGAGGCAACACAAAGAAGAAGAAGAAGGACAGGAUGCAGGAUCUGAUCGACAUCGGCUACGGCUACGAUGAAACCGAUCCCUUCAUAGACAACUCAGAGGCCUACGACGAGCUGGUGCCGGCCUCCCUCACCACCAAACAUGGAGGCUUCUACAUCAACACMGGGACGCUGCAGUUCAGGGCCGCGUCCGACUCCGAAGGGGAAAAYGCAGACGAUCACCGCUUCAAGAAGAUGAAGGACGGCGAGGAGAGGGCGAUUAAAAAGCGACGGAAAAAACAAGAUGGCGGCAUCCUGGAGGACAAGAAGCCCAGAAAAAUUAAAGUACCAAAGCCUGGCGUCUCGGCUCUGAACGUUCACCGGCCCGAGAAGAAGAAGAGGAAGAAGCUGAUGAAGGACUCCCUGCACCUGGCCAACAUGCUGCGCCGCUUCACCAGGGAGAAGGAGGAGAUGCGCAAGAAGAACCUGGCGGCUGCCACGGGCGCCGCCGCCCUGCCGCGCCACAACACCAAAGUGCCCGGCGCCACCAGCGUGGUCGUCGGUGCCCACCCGAAGGCCGCCGCCGCCGGCGGCAACGACUGCAACAUCACGGACCUGACUGACGACCAGGCCGUCAUGUCGCUGCUGGGCUCCGCCAACAACGACAUCCUGCAGGACAUGAUGGGCGACCUGGACUUCGGCAUGCUGGACUCGCCGCAGCCCGGCAGCCCGUCACAGGGGGAGAACGGCGCCUUCGGGGCGGGGCAGAAAACGCUGCGGGUGCUGCCGGGCAGCGUGAUGACCCCGCCUCCUCCGCUGCCCUGCGGACUGCCGGGCCCGCUGGCGAAGCGCAUCGAAGACUUGAGAGCGGCGUCCCGUCAGUUCGAUGAAGAAGGCCGGAAGAAGUUCUUCACGCUGGACAUGAACAACAUCCUUCUGGACAUUGAGUUGCAGGUUCAGGAGCAGCCUGCAGAGGUGCGUUCAGCCGUCUACUCUCACCUGGAGGCCUUUGUGCCCUGCAACAAGGAGGCUCUGCUCAAACGCCUUAAGAAGCUCAGCCUCAACGUUCAGGACGACCGCCUUCGAACGCCCCUCCUGAAGCUGAAGCUGGCCGUGUGCAGCGUGAUGCCGGAGCAGAUUGCUCGCUACAACAUGGACUGCAUCGCCAAAGUGGCAAAGCAGCAGUCGGAGGAAGGAGACAAAAAUGGGUCUGAAGACGACGACGACGAGAAACCUGGGAAGAGGGUGAUGGGCCCCCGGAAAAAGUUUAUCUGGGACGACAAACUCAGGUCGUUGCUGUGUAACCUGGUGCAGGUGAAGCUGGGCUUCUACGAGCUGGAGGGAAAGAACUCAAUKUCUGUAGAAGAUUACCUCAAAGCCUUCAUGGAGACGGAGGUGAAGCCUCUGUGGCCCAAGGGCUGGAUGCAGGCCAGGAUGCUGUUCAAAGAAAGCACCAUGGUCCACGGUCAUCUAACUGGCUUUACAGCGAAGAAAAAGAUGGUCCCAACUCCGAAAGCCAAGCCAAAGGAAGUAACGUGGGUUCAGCGUGCCGCACCUUCUGUUGGUGUAACGCCGUCCCCCGCCACUCAGGUUGCCAAGCGACCCCCUCCGUCACCGCCGGGGACCAUAUGCCUGGAUUCCCCCGACGAAGCUCCUUCCCUGGAUUCCAUCUCUCAGGCGCUUGCCAUCCUCGGCAACGCGGCUAAAGGUUUGGCCCAGGGGGACACGCCGCCUUCCCCGGAAAGGCCCAAGACCUCCGCCAACCCCCCCGGCCUCCACGCCUCGCCUCUCCUCCAGCUGCAGAAGAAGACCUCUGUCAGUACUCCCAGCUCCAGCACACCUCACUACAUCACUACCUCUUCAUCGCCCUCCACCGCCCUGUCCCGGCCCGCCCCCAACACGCCRUCUCCUCUGACCCCGGUGAGGGUGGACGGGGCGGGGGUCGUCAAGGCCACGCCACAGUCAAACAAACACACYGUUUUGAACACUCAGAGACCUUUAAGCGUGGGCGUGACGAAAGCAAACAUGCCCGUCUCGGUUUCCUCACCUAAGCCACGCCCUCCGCCCACUGCCUCUCCACUGGUGGCCCCGGGACCAAAGACGGGGGUGUCCAUCYCCCCGUUGGGCCUCCUUAAGAGCAGCAAUAAUAAAGUCGCCGGUGGAGACACAAUCAUUAUCACUUCGACUCAGUCUCGGCCGCACACCCUCACGUCCCCCUCACUCGUCAUCAACAAAACCUUCCAGACUCCCCGCCUGCCCCAGACACCCCAGAACAAGCCGCCCUCCUCCCUCCCACAAACCCCAUCCGGAGUCCAACCUCAGCCRCAGUCCAACUUCAUCACCCCCAUGCACGCCACCCUCACAAAGUCCUCCCACAGCAGCAUCCCACCCAUCGUCAAGCUCACCCCCCGAACGCCCAACCCCACCGUCUCCCCCGCCUCCACCUCCAGCAUCCAAACCUCAGCCUCCAUUUCUCAGAGUCCUCGAUCUCAGGCAGCCCCCUCGAUACACCAGUACACUCCCAAAACCCCGGCGAGCUUCCGGCCGCCGUUCUCAGGUGCUUCAGUGGCCAAGUCGGGUCAAGGCAGCUACACUCCUUCCAGCAGCCAAAAGACCCCCGGCGUUAUCAGCGCCACCAAUACCAGCCUUAUAAACACCUCAUCUAUGAGCAAGCAUUCAGGAAGCAGUGCCUCCCCCGCAGCAGCAGCAGCUGCGGCCUCGGUGACCCAGGGCCAGCGUCAGCGGACUGUGGGCGGGACACCUCAGGGGGUCAAGCCGGUUGUGUCCGUUCCAUUGUCAUCGGUCUCGUCUCAGCUACCGCAGGUCUCCACGACAGGAAGUGGCGGCCUGCUCGGCUCGGCCUCGUCCCUUCCCCUGGGGUUCGGGAUGCUGGGGGGCCUGGUGCCCGUGUCCCUGCCGUUCCACUUGUCCCCCAUGCUGAACCUGUCCCAGCUGGGCACUGGAGGCUCCAAUACGGCGACCAGCAGCUCGGCGGCCAGUAACAGCGCAGCGUUCUCCACUCUGACCCAGAAUCUGUAUAAGAGUCUCCAGUCAGGGUCUCAGGUUGCUCUGCCUCCUCACUUGCAGCUCGCUUUCUCAGACGUCAGUCAGAGCCAAGGAGGCGACACUAAGAGGAAGACUCUAUGAUCCGGAUUGAUUUUUUGCGCCUGUCAAAAUCCCGUCGGUGCCACCAAUAAUCCGAAGCCGGGGGGAUUAAAAAAAAAGAGAGAAGAAGAAAUCUGGAACAGAUCAUGCUUAACAAGGGACUGAGUGGGCUUCACCUCAUGAAAUCAGCUCAUAGCACCGCAGUCAAAUAACUUCUUUUUAAAAAAAAAAAACUAUUUUAUAACUCCUUUGUAGAGAAGGCAAAUAGUUUGUCAAUGUUUACAUAAUAGACCUAUAUCACUGUGGACAGGGAGAGGUAAUGAAUGGGAUGUAGCUGUGUGUGCAUGAAGGUUCUGGUUCUGCUGCCGGACCGGACUGUGUGCCUUUCUGGAUGUCUCCCACUCUGAUGCAUGGUCAGUUUGUCUACUUGGUGCUGUUUUUUAAAGCAAAAUGAAAAAAAAUCCUAAUGUAAUUAUCACUGAAACCUGUAAGAAAUGUAAACUGCAAAUUGAAUUUGAGCUUUUUUAAGAGAUGUACAUGUUUUCAAAUGUACUUGAAUUCUUCGAUACGUUUGUUUCUGUAUAGUACAUAAGCCUACUUUAAUUAAAGUCUUUGAUCCUUAACGUGA